CUUCGUAGAGGACAAACAUGAAGUUUUUGCUGCUUUUUAUAGUUCUUAUAAAUUUUUAUUCCUUUUGUGAGCCGCGUUUAGCUGAAAAUCUAAAAGUUAAAAUUGAUGAUGGACAAAUUAUUGGACGAUAUAUGUCAACAAUUUCUGGGAAAGGAGUUCGCUCAUUUAUCGGUAUUCCUUAUGCUGCUCCACCAGUUGGAGAAUUGAGAUUUAAAGCACCAAGAAAACCAGCUCCAUGGCUUGAUGAUGUAUUAAUAGCACAAAAUGAACCUCCAAUGUGUUCUCAAACAAAUAUUUUUGAUCGCGGUGAGAAACGAGACUCGGGACAAGAAGAUUGCUUGUAUUUGAAUGUAUACACUCCAAAUAUUAAUUUAACUGAUGCAGCUUUUAAGAAAUUGCCAAUAUUCGUAUGGUUCCAUGGAGGGGGCUGGAUGGAGUUUCAUUCCGGUCACAGUUUUUAUGGUCCCGGAUAUCUUUUAGAACACGAUAUAAUUCUUGUAACUGGAAACUAUCGAUUAGGAUUAUUGGGUUUCCUGUCAACAGAAGAUGAGAAUUGCCCAGGAAAUUUUGGUUUUAAGGAUCAGCACAUGAUUCUUGAGUGGGUGCAAGAAAAUAUUGAGAAAUUCGGUGGCGAUAAGGAUUCAGUUACUAUAUUUGGUGAAAGUGCUGGUGGUGCAACUGUCAAUUAUCUAAUGAAUUCUCCAAAGUCUCGAAAACUUUUUCAUCGUGCCAUUUCACAAUCAGGAAGUUUAAUGAGCAUUUGGGCUGAACCACACAGAAAGGGACUUGCAAAAGAGAGAGCAACCAAGGUAGCUAAAUUGAUGGGCUGUCCUGUUGAUUCUUCAACCAAAAAAAUGAUUGAAUGUUUAAGGAACGUUCCAGCUCAAAAGAUUACUGCAGCUAUACGAGAUUUUAUGAUUUGGGACUAUGAUCCUGUCAUACAAUUUGGAGCUGUCGUAGAACACUAUGGACCUGAAGAAGAGCGUUUUAUUGUUGAUUCAAAUCUUGAUAAAGAUUCAUUUAACAUUCCAUGGAUGACUGGAGUCACCAGUGAAGAAAUGAUAUUCAAAGCAGCAGGAAUUUUAAACAGCAAGCAGUUGUUUAAUGAUAUUGUGCAAAAAUGGGAGACUUUAUUUCCAAUGUCAUUCUGUUACGAUCAUCUUCCAGAGCAUGAAAUAAAAGAAAUUAACACAGCAAUUUAUGAUUUUUAUUUUAAAUCUGGCGACUUCAGAGGAAAUUUAACGAAGAUGUGGUCUGAUGGAUGUUUUUUCAAUGGAUUUAUUGAUUAUCUACAGCAACGAUUAAAAAGCAACAAUCAUGACAACACAUACGUUUAUUUAUUUUCACACAAAGGAUCCAUAAGCUUCUCAGAAGUUUUUGGUGGUGAUCCAAUGAAGUAUUAUGGAACUUCUCAUUUAGAUGAUUUGCUUUAUUUGUUCCCAAUGCGAGACUCAUUUCCACAUUUUUACAAUUCAAUUCCAACAGAAGAUGAUGUUAAGUUGAGAAAAAUUAUGACAAAAUUGUGGGUUGAUUUUGCAACAACUGGAAACCCAACAUCAAACUUGAGCAAAGAAACGGAACUUCCUUCAUGGUCUCCGGCGACGAAGUUUCCAUUAGACUAUAUGCGAAUCGGAAAUGAAAAUGGAAAUUCUGAUAAACUACUUGAAAUGAAAAAGGAUCUUUUUGCCAAAAACACACAAUUUUGGAUAAAUCUUCGUGAAAAAUAUGGCCUUAAAGUAUGGAAAAAUGAGAACAAGAAUAAGGAUGAAUUGUAAUUUACUAGACGAAGAGUUUGAUUGCAUUUACUGGAUGCGAUUUCCUGAGAAUAAUCAAGGCGUGGAAACUCCUGGAUUUAAGAUUAAUCCCAAAAUUCCUAAAAACAAUUCAUGGGCCAAAAAAUAUGGAAAUGUGAAAUCCUUGAUUCAUUUGAUAAAUAAUUUCGGGAUUUAAAUGGAACUUCACAUUUUCAUGUUUAUUGGCUCAGAGAUUUUUUUUUUGAAUUUUUGAAAUUUUUCAGGAUUAACUUGAGUUUCCACGACUCUCGAAAAAUAAAAAAUUCAUUUAAAUUGAUUAAAAUUUCUAUUUUAUUUGUUAAACAUUUUCCAUUCAAAAAAAUGUUUUCUCUUUUAAGAGUUCAAGGACUCAAAAAAGAAGCAUAAACAUAACAGAGCGAACUGAGGAUUUAUAACUCUCACAUGCUAAUCGUAUUAAAAAAACGAAAUGAUGAUGUCACAUUACUUUUGUUUAGGCAAUAAGUUUCAUUAAUUUUUUGUGGUGUGUGUUUUUGUCUUGCUCUCUAUUUUUUAGCAUAAAUUCAUAAAAAUUAAUGAAUUGGUUUCAGAUGUGAGUACAUUCAUGUGUUUUUAGAAGCCUUGUUCAGUUUUUAGAUUAAAAAUUUGAGAUAGAAGCCGAUUGAGUUUUAAUAUGAUUAAAUUGGGAACUUACAUUUAAUUCAAAUUACUUCGAAUUUUCGCAAGAAUUUAAGUUAUGCCAAAUUUUUCUUUUUUUUUUGAUUUCGUGAACUCUCUCCAGUUCUCUUUCAUUACUGAAAUAAUUUUAGGGUCACCAGAUAUUAUUGGAAAAAAUACAGGGCAUGAAAGUAAAAUAGAGGACAUCCCACGUGUCUACUAAUUUAAUUCGUUUUCUGGACGAAUUAAAACAAAAAAAAACUAUUUCACUUUUGAAAUAUUAAAGAAAUAAAGGACUGUACUCUGAAUAAUCAAGUAGAUGGUCACUCUAACUUUAAGAUUAAGUCAUCAAGUACAUUUCGCUGGCAACAAUGAAGCACCAAUUAGCAUACAAAAGAAAUUUUUGUAUGUGUAAUUAAAAUUUUGAAUUGAAUUUUCAUGGUAAUUUUUUUUGAAUUAAUUGUUAAAUUUUUAUGCAUGCUAUUUUGAAAGCUGAAAAGUUCAUUGAAUUUUAAGAAUUUUAAUGCUUUUAACGUACAGUUGAGAACUUUUUUUUUAACCAAAUGGUUAAUCUUUAUAAAGUGUCUCUACAUAAAUUCAAGAUUUGCAAGGCUUGGACACUGAGAUUAAUCCCAAUAAUCCUGAAUAAUCCCAGCAUAAUUUUGAGUUUCCACGCCUUGAUUGUUCCACAUAAGUUAGCUAUAAAAUUGAUUCACAUAUGUCCAUGAUGAGUAAUAAUCCGUUAAAUAUUCAUUGACGCUUAGGGUUUUAUUGUUGCUUAUUGAAAAAUGUUAAGGUCAUUUGGAAUAAAAAUAUUAAAAUAAGCUGAUUAUUUAUGCCUUAAAAACUGGAAUC